AUGGCACUCUCAUCUCAGGCCCUCAAUAGCAGCUCCAAUGGCAAGCCUACCGCAGAUGGUCCUCCUGCACACAAUGAUUGCCCCUUCAGUCUCUUCAACUCAGCUAGCUGGGUACCAUACAUGCAGCUGAUGCGCCUGGACCGGCUCGCAGGGUUCACCGGCUACUACAUGCCCUCUAUUAUGGGGCUGGUAUACGCUGCCAGCCUGGUAGGCCUGGAGGCAGUGUCCGUAGCGCAGCUAGGCGGCUGGGCGGUCUUCUACUUCGUCGUGAACAUCUUCGUCCGCGGCGCAGCCUGCACCUGGAACGACAACAUCGACCAAGAAUACGACCGCCAGGUCGAUCGCUGCCGCGGGCGCCCCAUUGCGCGUGGGGCUGUCUCCACGCGGCAGGGGCACAUCUUCUUGGCUCUGCAGCUAGCAAUCCUGGGCGCUCUCUUCUACCCGCUACCUUCUCCCUGCGGCUCCUACGCCAUCGCCAUGGGCGCACUGUACGGUCUGUACCCCUUCUGCAAGCGCUUCACCCACUACCCGCAGGCCAUCCUGGGUGUGCCCCUGUCCCUGGCCAUCGUGAUCUCGGCCUAUGCACUCCCUGUGGCUGUCGCGGAUCCGUUCCUGGAUGAUAAGCGCACGGCUGCGACGCUGGCGCUGGCGGUUGUGGAGAUCCUUUGGACGAUGAUUUAUGAUACUAUCUAUGCGCACCAGGACUUGCAGGAUGAUAUCCGUGCUGGUGUUAAGUCCAUGGCUGUUCGCUUCCGCCACUACACUAAGACGCUGUGCUCAGUUUUGGGCGUUGCGCAGGUGGUUCUGCUGGCGCAGGUGGGUGUUUGGACGGAGAUGCACCCAGUUUAUUUUGUUAUCGGUGUGGCGGGCUCGGCGGUUGCGUUGACUGUGCUGCUUGUUACCGUUGAUUUGACAGUGCCGGCUAGCUGUGCGCGGUUCUUCAAGCUGGGAUUUUGCUUUGUGGGCGGAUGUAUGAAUGGGGGCUUUCUGGCUACGUAUUUGGUGAAGUGGUGGUUUGGGGCGGGGUGA